AUGCAAAGGAAAUAUGAGAAAAUAGCAACAGAGGAGAGCGUAGAGGGAAGAGAGAGAAGGCUGUAUGAAGCAUCCGUAACCGGAAGUGUGAAUUCCUUGAAGCGGUUGAUGGCAAAAGACCCACUCACUCUUGCUCGAGCUGCAGUCACAUGCUUUAAUGAGACUCCACUCCACGUAGCCGCCAUGCUCGGUUACCUCGACUUCGCAAGCUAUCUUCUUACUCACAAACCAGACAUGACCGUGGCGCUGGAUUUGCGGGGGCGUUCGCCUCUACACUUGGCUUCUGCCAAUGGCUGUGUUGAGAUGGUUAACAUACUGCUGUCCGCCAAUCCUGACGCUUGUCUCAUUCCUGAUGAGGAUGGAAGAACGCCCCUCCAUCUGGCAGUAAUGAAAGGCGAAGUUGAGGUCACAAGGAUGCUGGUUGGGGCCCGACCACAAGUGACUCGGUACCAAUUGGAUCAAGGCGAGACCAUUCUGCAUUCCGCUGUGAAACAAAACCGUUUAGGAGCGCUGAAGUUGUUAGUUGAAUUGGCAGGAGAGGUGGAGUUUGUGAAUUCCAAAGAUGAUUAUGGCAACACCGUUUUACAUACCGCCACAGCCUUGAAACAGUAUGAGAUAGCAAAAUAUCUGGUGGAGAGACCUGAAAUGGAAGUAAAUGCAUGGAAAUGGCUUCACAGCCUUAGAUAUCAUACAACAUAUGCCGAGAAACUUGAAAGGUAUGGAGAUCCGAGAAUCUCUAGCUAA